AUGAAAUUGCUGACUCUCUCUGCUCUCGCCGGUGUCUUGAUUUCUCAGGCUGCUGCUCGCGCUGUCGGCAGUGAUGGAAAGCUUGUGGUAGGCUACUGGAUGAGUGAUGAUAUGAGCACACUCGAUUUUAGCAAGGUCACACACAUCAAUUAUGCCUUCUCGACCAUCCAAAACGGCGUCCCAUCAUCGCCUGCUACGCUGAAGAAGCUAGUACCUGCUGCACAUGCUGCGGAUACCAAGGUGUUACUAUCAAUCGGCGGCUGGGGAGGUGGCAAUGGAUUCACUCCCAGUUUCAACAAUAGCGCUGGUCGUGCAAAAUUUGUAGCGGCUACCAAAAAGCUUAUUGACGACACCGGAAUUGAUGGUGUUGACAUUGAUUGGGAAUACCCAGGAGAGCCCGGUGCUUGUGGUCAACCCUAUGCACUCUCCGACACCAAGAACUUUUUGACUGUGCUUAAACAAUUGCGAGCUGCCAUUGGUGAAGAAAAGCUGAUUACCGCAGCUACAGCAACGCAUCCAUUUUUUGAUGAGAGCGGAAAGCCUUCCAAGGACAUUUCUGCAUUCGCCAAAGUGUUUGAUUGGAUUAAUCUGAUGUCUUAUGAUCUCAAUGGUAUUUGGGGUCUUACAACCGGUCCAAAUGCCCCUAUGAUUAAGGGCCUUGGCGGUGUUAAGGCCAGUGUUGUUCAAGGUGUUACAGAUUGGCACAAGGCUGGUAUGCCUAUCGACCAAAUCGUCGUUGGAACCCCUUUUUACGGACACAACAUGACUUCCAUCAAAUCCAUGGCGAAAAAUGCUGGCACACACGAAUACGAUCCGGUCCAAGGCGGAAACACUGGGCACAACUGUAAUGGAGGUGGCUUCAGCACCGAAACUGGCUGGCAAGACAUCAUUCCUUACUUAUACAAAAACCGAACUACUGCCAUUCCUCCUUGGGUUCGCAAAUUUGAUACUAUCACACGAACACCGUGGUUGACCAAUAGUGAGACUAAUGAAUUUAUCUCAUACGAUGACCCUAUUUCAUUAGCUGAAAAGGUAGACUAUGUGGUUUGCAUGGACUUGCUAGGUGUCAUGACUUGGGAACUUUCCUUGGAUAACGGAGAGCUUUUGCCGGUACUCAACCAAAUUUCAGAAAAGGCAGCAAAGCAUGGCAAAUCGAAGCAUGGCAAGCAUGGUCAUGACUCUUCCAAAUGUAUCCCCACCGGACCUGUUACUCAUUAA